UCAUUUCCGUUCCUUUUUCCCGUUUUCCCUUCACUUCCAAACAAACAAGCCGUAAAAUUAAGUUCUUCCCAUCGAUUUCCUCUCUCAUCACAGCUCUAAACCACUUCGGAGCCCUAGCCCCGGAAUUCCAAACGCCGGUCGGCAUAAAUGAAAUUACCACCUACGGCCAACGGACUGUUGCCAGCUACCACCUUCCAAAAUCGCGAUCAACGCUGACGAUUUGGCCGUCACUUCACAUGAAUUUCUUCUCCUUCCUUAUUCGCAACCAUCAUCUACCUCCUACAUAUCAUCGCUGGUGACGGUACCCAUCACCGUCGCGGUUGGUUGGUGUGAUCGAAUCACUCGUUAUUUCCUCCGCGACGCCCGUCAGUAUGGAGUUUGGGGUAAAUGGUGAUGCCAAUGGUGUGAUGGUGGGAACUGUUGAGUUGGAAGAUAGCAGAGCCAGUGAUGAAAAUGAGAUUGGUGUGAAUUCUGCUGAAGAGGAUUUUCAACAGGAUCAUGAUCAUAAAGUGCAUGAAGAGUCUCUGGAUAAGGAUGCAAUCAUGGAUGGAGUUCCAUCUGUUGCAAUGGUUCCAGCAGAUGAGCCCUAUGUGGGACAGGAAUUUGAAUCUGAAGCAGCUGCACAUGCAUUUUACAAUGCUUAUGCUACACACCUAGGAUUCAUCAUCCGUGUAAGCAAACUCUCUCGAUCAAGGCGUGAUGGGUCUGCCAUUGGUCGGGCACUUGUUUGUAAUAAAGAGGGCUAUAGAAUGGCUGAUAAACGUGAAAAAAUUGUAAGACAAAGAGCAGAGACAAGAGUUGGUUGCAGAGCAAUGAUUUUGGUGAGGAAAGUAAGUUCAGGUAAAUGGGUUGUUACAAAGUUUGUCAAGGAGCACACUCAUCCUCUAACACCUGGUAAAGGCCGAAGGGAUUGCAUUUACAAUCAGUAUCCGAAUGAACAUGAUAAGAUCCGUGAACUAUCUCAGCAGCUGGCGAUAGAGAGAAAGAGAGCAGCAACUUACAAAAGGCAUCUGGAAUUGAUAUUUGAGCAGAUUGAGGAGCAUAAUGAGAGUCUGUCAAAGAAGAUUCAACAUAUAGUAGACGAUGUGAGAGAGAUGGAAAACAAAGAGCAGCAAAAUCGUGUAUAGGGUUCAGUAAUUUUUGUUGUUUUUGUUUUUUCUAGAAUACAAAAUCAAGAAUUGGUAUACAGAAUGAUGUUGGGUAGCAACAGAUUGUCAUGGGGUUAGAUUUUACAUGCUGACUUCCUCUUCUUAGGUGCCUUGUUGGUUGCACACUGAAAAUGUUGAGUUGGCAGCAUUCAUUUGGGUUAUUAGGUAUAAUUAUGCUCCUAUUUUUGGAGUGCGAUGUGUAGGCGAAAUAGAUCGUUAAUCUGUAGUUAUCCUGCAAGGUUUUGCCAAAAAUGUGAAUUUGGUUUCACCAAAAAGGCAUCAUUGUGUCCCGAGGAAGGAAGCUCCGUAUUGCAGUCGGUUGUCAUUUAUGUAGAAUUUCCUUUCAUUUUUCUUGUUUUGUAUAGCAUGGAAUUGUAUUCUUUUCUUAGUUAAUAAUAUAUUUUAUUGGAUUA